AUGCGGCCAUCUUCGUCGCUCCUUUUUCUCCCCUGUCUAGCCCUGCGACUAGCAGUGGCUAACGGCCAGGCGGUGGCAACCGUUACCUAUGGACCUGGUGGACCAUGCCCGGCUCCUUUGGUCACGAGUGUUAUUGUACAGCCAGUCUACUACAGCUCCUUCUUUCAGUCAGCGUCGCAGGUCGUCAACAUCUUUGGCAAUGGGGAAACAAUCACCAUCGGCAAUGCUCCCACGACGUACAUUCAAAAUACAUAUAUCACAACCACCAUAGUCUCUACCGUCACCACCGUGGUUAACCCUUCUUCGAGUUCCUCGAUGCCAGGAAGCUCAUCGAACAUUGGCUCCAGCAGUGAGACGAAUGGACCGGUCGUCACCAGUGGGUCGUUGAGUUCCUCCUUGGGCUCGACCUCGAUGUCGAGCAUGACUCCGACUCCGACUCCGAGCUCGAUUGCAACGACUUCUGGAUUUCCUACGGCUCCCCCAACGAUUUACAGCCCUGUUCCGGCUCCGAUGACGACGCCAACACCACCGCCUGUGUUGCUCUCGACAUCUGUUGACUCACAGGGUAAUACUGUCACGGUCACAAUUACCCAACCAACCUUCACGCUAGGUGAAGGUCUUCAAAGUGGAGUGCAGACUGAUAUCCCAGCGACGUCGCCUGUCAUGGUCGGCAUCGCGUUUGGAGGCCCUGGCGCAAAAGUGAAGCGACAAGCAGCCACUGCCGCGCCCAGCUCGGCCUUGGAUGGUCCCCAGCCCGCAGGACUGCUUCAAGGAGAUGAUGGAGGAUCGGGAAACAACUGCGGCUUCGCAACAAGAUGGUAUUUGUCACAGGGCGAGCUGAUCUCUGGCAAUGAGUCCGUUGGACGCAACUUCAGCGACUUCUACGUGCCAAUCACUGCGGUGCCUUGGAUCAACGACUUUAACACGACCUUUUACUUCGACGACGGUAUCCUUGGGUGGAAUAGAACGGAUCGGGGUCCUGCAACGUUCUACCAAUGUGGCGACUCUUUAGUAUAUGCUGGAUUCCCUUAUCCCCCGAGAGACGACUGUUACGUGGUGACGUUGGGCGGUAUAGCCGCUGCGGCCUGUCCGGUGGACUAUACAAAUUCAGCCGUGGAGACCUCCUCGACGACGACACCCACCGGCCCGGAAAGUACGACGACUUCGCCGGUUCCAGACACCACUACAACAUCCGACACAACGACCAGCCCGGACACGGCAAGCCCUACACUGACUACAACUCCUGAACCGCCGCCUGCCGAAUCCACUACUACGUCUCCUCUGGCUCCACCGACGAGCGCGCCCACGCCGGCGUCCUCGUCUCCCAUUCCUCCGUCGCCGUCAAGCUCUACGACGUCCGCAGCCACGAGUUUAGUGUCUUCGCCCACCGCUGGCCCCCUCACGUCGUCCACCAAUCCAACCCUGGCAACGACAACAUCCACCGUCAGCCCGGUUAUCUCAGCGGCGACCUCUUCGACUUAUGUAGGCCUUGCAUCAUCAAGCACGACCUCGACCUCGACCAGUUAUGUGCUUGGCAGCACUUCUUCGACCACGUCCACACAGCAGAGUGCCGCGGUGACCACCAGCAGAGUUUCCUCCAGCUCCGCUGGAGUGACGACUGGAAUGUCUAGUUCGGCGGCAGUAGUUGGGACAACGAGCACGCUGUCGCCGUCCGGAAGUCAGACUAGCCCUGCCUCGUCCUCAUCUGGAACGAGCAACGGACCUGCUGAGUACAAGCACGACGACUCAAGGUUUGGCGAGCUCUGUCUCAAGUACUUCAGCAGGUAUAGUGUCUUCCUCCCCUACUUCAUCCACUUCUGUCCCUGUCCCAAGCACUUCCUCCCUGUCCCCAAGCAGUGGUUCAACGACGAGCCCCUCGUCACCUACUACGACCGUGGUCACAACCUCAACGCCCACGACAUUUUCGGCUUCAAGCUCGUCGCUCACGACGGCUGGCGGAUCAACGAGCAGUUCCGCUCCGACGACAACACAAUCCUCAACGCAAUCUGCGGUUGUGGGGUCGUCUUCCAGCACCAGCAGCUCUUCAACUACUGGUGCAACUUCAAGUUCCGGUACGUCUCGUAUUGCUACCUCCACAAGUUCUUCGGCCUUGUUUGCGUCGUCAUCGAGUACUUCUUUAUUGAAUCCAACAACCACACCAGCUGCUACCACCUCAAGUCUUGGGUCGGGCACUACAACCAGCUCGACGACUUCAUCGAUCUCGCCGACUACGUCGUCACAGGUCGCUCUAUCAAGCACCACCACGAGUGCGGUCAUCGGUGUGACAUCGACGACGAGUAUGAGCACGAGCACAGGACUUACGUCCACGACCACUCCUAUAUCAAGUGGCACAAGCUCGUCCAGUUCAUCCUCAGGGACAACGCAAAGCAAUCAACCUGGAACCACUGCCCAGACAACGGCAUCAACUACCACUACCACUACCACUACCACUACCACUACCACUGCACCUACAAGCACCACGGCUUCCAGUGCAUCCACAAGCUUGAGUCAGUCUCCAACGAGCACAUUGACGACUGGGACAAGCUUGCAGAGCAGUUCUUCAACGAGUACGCCCUCAACGAGUGCUUCGAUGAGUACCUUCUCAACCAGUUCUCCCUCGGCCAGUACUUCUUCAAUAGGUCCUUCGUCAACGGGCAGCUCCUCGACGAGUACUUCAGUCAGCACAACCGGUGCUACAUUCUCUUCCACCAGCACAUCAUCGACAACAAGCUUCUCUUCUACUGGUCUGGUGUCGUCAACGGGCAGCUCCUCGACGAGUACUUCUUCAGUCAGCACAACCAGUUCUACAGUCUCUUCCACCAGCACAUCCUCGACAACAAGCUUGUUCACGAGCUCUACCACUGGUCUGGCGUCAUCAACGACGACAGCCACUACAGGCACGUCGACUACAACAACCACGAGUCUAUCUACGCAGACUUCUACGAUUACGCUUUCCACUACGGCGGGCUCGAGCUCUCCCACAACGACUUCGUCGACCACUUCUGUUACCACGGUCUCGACGACUUCUGGGGCUGGUCAGACAAGUACAAGCACGACAACGGUUACGUCGGCUGCCACCACGUCCACGUCCACGUCCACGUCCACGUCCACGUCCACGACAACGACGAUUGUGACCACUACAAGUACAAGUACUACGUCGACCAUUGCUGCAACAACAACUACCACGAUGACGACGAGCACUUCCACAACGUCGAGUACUCCUUCAACCACCUCUACCACCUCGACUGUCUCGUCAACAUCGAGCGGUACGACCAGUACUUCAACAACAUCGAGUACGACGUCGACCACUUCCAUAUCGAGCAGCACUUCCACAACGUCAACGCCGUCUACAUCGAGUGCGACAAGUGGCACUACCACUACUACUACGUCAACCGCUACUUCGACUACUUCUUCUGCAUCCAGUACGACGUCAACCAGUUCCACCCCAACCAGUUCAAGUACUUCGAGUGCUUCUACAACAUCAACUACAACCUCGAGUACUUCUACCACAUCAACUACUACUGCGAGUACUUCUACCGCGUCUACUACUACUUCGAGUACUUCUACCGCAUCGACUACUUCGACUACUUCCGCGACUACGUCAACGUCAAUACCACCACUACCAGCACUGCCACGUCUACCACCACGACCACCACCACGACCACCACCACGACCACCACCACGACCACCACCACGACUGCUGCUGCCACGACUACCACGACUACCACUACGACUCCCACAACGACCCCGACAACUACAACGUCGACGACAACGUCCACAAUCACAUCAACCACCACAACUACGACAACUCUAGGUGUUACACAAGUUCCUCCCAAUUACUCAUCGUUGGCUUCAACCGUGUAUGCGUCAACGGUCUCGGCCGCCCUCAACACAGGGACCUUGUGUGCCGGUUCGAAUGUUGUUUCAACCAGCCAGGCAUCUUACCCCAUUAUCCCGGGUGCUUACAACUACCAGAAGGUUGCGUUGGCCAACAAUCCAACCGUGGUGUACGAGGUCGAAUGCUACAUGAACGCCAACUCGGGCAGUAUGUACAGCCAGACCACUGCCUAUUCUCUCGAGUACUGCAUGGAUGCCUGUACCCAGGCCGGUUCGGCUCACUGCACCGUGGCGUACUGGGAUGUUUUAAAUCAUAAUUGUCAACUCUACACGACUUCUAACAGCGGAGGUGGCUCGGCGCCCGGUGGAAUGGCACCCAACAGUAUGAUCUUCAACGUGCGAACGGCCAGGCUUCUGACACCAGCCGCUCCAAAUGUUGUGGACGCCACAUACCUCCUGGCACCGAGCUCGCAAUACAACCUCGGGCUAUGUACCGGAACUGGGGCCAGCUACUACAAUGAGUCUUUCAUCGGGGUGUAUCACCAAGACAACACCAUACGUGCCGGCCGUUUCGAUCUUUGGUUCAUCAACUGCGCCGUCACAUAUUACUCUUCAGCCAUCUCAAGCUCCCAGUUCACUUCCACCCAGAUGACCUCGGCCAUGACCAACGCGAGCGUCGCGACUCCGGCGACAGCGGACGAUUGUGCACGACUGUGCGCCUAUACCAAUGUUCUCGCUAACGAUGGCUCAGUUGCCGGCGAUGUGAAUUGUCGCUUGUGGCACUGGACAACAUCUAACUCUUGUGUCUUGUUCAGCAGUCGAGGGGGCAACACGACGCCGCAAGGUGACUCCACGAUCCUCGCUUCUGGCCUCUACCGGGGCAACACUGGCACCGAGUAUACUGCUGUGGCAAGCUACAAGCGUUCGCGUUCGCUGCCACCGGGAGUUGGUCCGAAACGCCAGCACGCACGAGAUGCUCUCGCGAAGACCGACCAUCGUACUCCCGAUUUCAUCAUCCCGUUCAAACGCCUCUAG